CUGACCCGUCAUCGUACAGAAUCCAAACCCUCACACCCAUCUUUAAAGUGAGGAGGCCGAGGAAUCCGAGUGCGAGAAAGCGAGAGAUCAAUCAAUACGAUUUAAAAAAUAGUAAUCAGCGAAAGAAAAUGGCUGAUUCAUCAUCAGAUUCGUUCUUGAAGAAGCACUGUCGAGAAUUCAAAGGAUUCUGGGCUGAGCGAUUUCCAUAUACCGAUGUCUAUUCAAGAUUCAUCAGCCGCCAAGAGUCUCUUCCAUCAUGGUCUGAAUCCGAUAUUAACGAGUUCAUCGCUUCUGAUCCGUUCCAUGGUCCCAUCUUGAAGACUACUAGGGAAGCGGCAACCAUUGCCUUAGCAGGAAGUGCUAUUGGAGCUGUCUCGACUGCAGGUCUUGCCUGGAAAUACUCGAGGAGUUUACAUGGUGCCGGACUGGCUUUAUUAGGAGGAGGCAUGUUUGGUUGGACAUUCGGACAAGAAGUCGCAAACCACUGGCUUCAACUCUACAGGUUGGAUACAAUGGCUGCACAAGUCAAAUUCAUGGAAUGGUGGGAAAAGAAGUGCCAGAGGCGAUCUUAAAACUUAUAGUGCUGUUGAAUGCGGCACCUGUGCUCGGUUUCCAUUUGCUUAAUAAUGGCGACGUUCGAUGUUUUGGCUGCUUUUAGGAAACCUUGUAUUCGAGUUUGAAUGAAACCAUUGCUUACAUUACUUAGUUGCUGCAGUUCUAUCACAGUUGGCAAAUGAUUUUGUUUUUUCA